CAAAGUUUCGUAAAGAAAGAAGAAGAAGAAAGCUUAACGCAUAAGCAAUUUUUCUCGCUGGCAUUGUGCAUGGCGACAACCGAAGCCCAUAACGUCAGUGAAGAACAGCACUUGUUUAAUGUCGGCUUUAGAGAAGAAUACUCUAUGAUCCAUCCGUGUAGUGACCCCAGCUCCGAGUUCUUGUUCCAUCAGUGCGUCGAUGGUCCAUUGUCACCGCUAUAUAAUCCAUAUACAGUUACUUGUUCGUCCCCAAUCCCCCACAUACAUCAUCUUCAUCUUGGUAGCCUCCGGUUGUACAAUCAUGUCCACCAUCGCCGUCCCGAGCCCCGUGCCGUCGCCCGCCGAAGACGCCGAGGGCAUCUGGAAGGCGCUCCAAGGAUGGCGGGCGGACAAGGAAGCCCUGGUGCGGAUCCUGACCCGGAGGACGGCGGCGCAGCGGACGGCGAUCCGCCGCGCCUACUCCUUCCUCUACCGGGAACCCCUCCUCAACUGCUUCCGCCACCGCCUCUCCCGCCACUGCCUCCUCGCCUCCGUCGACUUCUGGAAGGCGAUGAUCCUGUGGACGAUGGACCCAGCGGAGCGGGACGCGAACCUGUUGCACGGCGCAAUCCGCCUCCGCGGCGACGGCGGCGAGAACGACCACGUCUUCGUCCUAGUAGAGAUCUCCUGCGCGUCGGCGCCGGACCACCUCGUCGCCGUGCGCCGCGCCUACGCGUCCCUCUUCGGCUGCUCCCUCGAGGAAGACCUCGCCUCCUCCGUCUCCUUCCAAGAGCCCCUCAAGAAGCUCCUGGUCGGGCUCGUGACCUCGUACCGCUACGACGGAGACCAGGUGGACGAGGCCACGGCGGCGGCCGAGGCGGCGCUGCUGUGCGAGGCGGUUCGGAGGAAGAAGCAGCCGCACGGGGAGGAUGUGGUGCGGGUAAUCAGCACCCGGAGCAAGGCCCAGCUCGCGGCCACUUUCGGCCUCUACAGAGCCCACCAUGGCACGGAGCUCGUCGAGGACAUUGAGAGCCGCUGCAGCAGCCAGUUCGCCGGGGCUCUGAAGAGCGCCGUCUGGUGCUUAACCUCCCCCGAGAAACACUUCGCAGAGGUGAUCAGGAACGCGGUGGAGGGGCUGGGGACGUACGAGGACGUGCUGACGAGGGCGGUGGUGAGCCGGGCGGAGGUGGACAUGGCGAGCGUCAGGGCGGAGUACAGGGCCCGGUUCGGGGUCACGGUGGCCAGCGACAUUGCCGACGAUACCUCGUUUGGAUACAGGGACGUCCUGCUGGCGCUGGUCGGGAUCGAGGAAGGAGAAGAAGUCGCCACUGGUCUUGCGUGUCUGUAGAAAAACUUGGUGAAUUUGCGGUUUGUUAGUUGGAUUGCUGAUGAACACCGCCGGAUUAUGUCGUCGCUGUUUUUGUGUAUUCUCCGAGGCAUUGAUUUUCUUCUUUUUUUUGUAUGUGUGACGAUAGAUACUUGCUCUUGUAUCAAUAUCAGAAUUUUUCAUACUCCCUCCCUCCAACAAAGAAUGUCUCAUCUUUGAUUACAUUUGAAUGCAUUUAUACACUAAGUCAUGUCUAGAUACAUUCAAAUUUUGACAAAUUUGAGACAUCUUUUAUUGGACGGAGGAGUAUAUUUCUUGUUGACGGCGACUAAUAUACCAAUGUAACUUCUUUGAAGGGUGAACUGAUC